AUGCCCCCCGCCAACUGCUCGGCGCCCAGCGUCGUGGUGGAGAUGUCCGUGGCCACCCUGCUCCUGCUGGAGGGCGGCCUGGGCCUUCUGGGCAACGCCGUGGCACUGUGGACCUUCUUCUUCCGCCUGCAGGUGUGGAAACCCUACGCCGUCUACCUGCUCAACCUCGUCGUGGCCGACCUCCUGCUGACCUUCUGCCUGCCCUUCCAUGCCGCUUUCUACCUGAAACACAAGACGUGGAGCUUUGGACAUGCAUCUUGCCAAAGCCUGUUCUUCCUGCAGGUCCUCAGCCGCGGGGUGGGCAUCGCCUUCCUCACGGCCGUGGCUUUAGACCGUUACUUCCGAGUGGUCCACCCUCGGCUGAAGGUCAGCCUCACGUCCCCCCGGGCGGCCUGGGGAGUGUCCGGCUUCGUGUGGUUACUGAUGCUCGGCCUCACCCACCAGAGCCUGUUCGUCUCGGAGGCCACAUGCCCAGGUCUGGAGCCCGCAGGAGAAGUCUCCUUCAGCAUCGUUUGGCAGGAAGCACUGUUCUUCCUGCAGUUUGUCCUUCCCUUUGGCCUCAUCCUGUUCUGCAAUGCCAGGAUCAUCAGGACCCUCCAGAGGCUACUCCGAGACCCGGACAAACAGCCCAAGCUGCAGAGGGCCCGGGCACUGGUGACGGUGGUCGUGGUCCUGUUCGCAGUGUGCUUUCUGCCCAGCUUCCUGGCCCAGAUCUUGGUGGCCGCCUUCCGCAGGGCGGGCAGCUGCGGGUUCCUGGGAGCGAUGGUGCAUGUGUGUGACAUGACCAACGGCCUCACCUACCUGCAGAGCGUGCUGAACCCGGUGGUGUACUGCUUCUCCAGCCCCGCGUUCAGAUACUCCUACCGCAAGGUCUUCAACACCCUCAGAGGCCGAGGGAAGGAAACCGAGGCCCCGGGGGACAUCAAAGACUCCUACUCUUGA